AUGCGCGAAGUUCUAAGCAGCGACCCUGCGUACCAAAGCCGCUCAGCUUGGGAGCGACUGGCGGAGGUAGUGGAAAGGCACCCUGACCAUCUGGCACUGAUCUGCGCGCAUCAACGCCCUGGCCUCUAUGGGCUUGGAGACCAAAGCCUCGAAAAUCAAGGCCAAUGGAGUUUUGGAGCGUUGUAUGAAGGAAUCAUCCGCCUUUCUGCAUCCUUGGAGUCGCUGGGUCUCUCGAAUGAUUGUCUGCUUUUUGUGAUCCUUGGUAAUAGUUUAGAGCAUGUCCUCACUACCUGGGCUGGAUACCGGCUUGGCUGCACCCACGUCUCCGUUCAUCCAAAUACUUUGUCCAACGCGGUCGAAGCACGUCAUGUCGUCCAAACCGUCCUAGAUAACCGCCCCAGCCCCAAGGCGGCCGUCUUUGUCCAGGAUGAAGCGGCAGCGAAAGAGUUUGAUCAACUAUUUCCCCAGCUGGAUGUGAUCAGGAUCAUCAUCAGAAAUGACCAGCCAGCCCCCUCUUCUUGGAUGAGUUUCGAUCAGCUCAUGAAACCAGGACAAACCCCAUCAGGUCCAUCAACAUCACCCCCGUCGCGCGAAACCUCCAUAUUCUUCUCCAGCGGAACGACAUCGCUGCCAAAGCCAUGCGAAAUGAACGUCCCUGCCUGGAUCAGCUCUCUAGCCAGUGGGUCAACGCUGGGCUUAGUUCGCCCAGGGGACCGCCUGAUGAUGUUUGCCCUCACACAUGGGGCUACACUCGUCUACCCUUCCUAUUUGGCCUUCGAUCCACGUACAACGAUAGAGACUCUCCGCGGUGUUCCCUGCAAGUACAUAGUCAUGGUAUCAGCGCUGGUGCAUGCCUUCAUCAGUGCGGACCUCAGCUCGACUCCACUUCCUCCGAUUGACACAGUCAUUUUUUCCGGAAUGACCCUGUCCACCGCCGUUGCCAAGGAGUUCCAGACGAGGGUGGGCACGAGAGCAAUCGAGAAUCUUUACGGCAUGACGGAAGGGGCAUUUUGCGCCACUGGUCCUGUGGAAGACAUCGAGAGCAUCUCGCGCGACGGGUUCCUGGCAGCCGGACGUCCCAUGGCAGGUUCGAAACUCCGUCUUUGCGCUCCGAAUAGCACGGAGCCUCUACCACCGGGUGUGGCGGGAGAGGUGCACUACAGUGGCUACCAGACUUCUCGAGGUUAUAUCGGCGUACAGAGUGACUCAUUCUACAUUGAUGCGAACGGAUGUCACUGGUACAAGACUGGCGAUCAGGCUAUUAUAUAUGAAACAGACGGUCUCGUCUACCCUGUUGGUCGGUACAAAGACCUCAUCAUCCAGGGCGGCAAGAACAUAUCGCCCUCUGCAAUUGAGGCGGUACUCAACCGAGACCCGGAAGUGCAUCAGCUCAAUCCCCAGGCCGUCCCUCUGCCUGAUGCCGUGGCAGGCGAAGUUCCGGUCAUUGUCGUAAAUCGUGAAAUCACACAGCCGAAGGUGCAACACAUCAUGCAUCUGAUCCUAACACAGAUGGGUGCGGCGUAUGUUCCUGAUAAGGUUAUCCCCAUCCAAACGCUCGGGACUGCAAAUUAUCCUCGCACGACCUCGGGCAAGGUGCAAAAGGUCAAGCUCGCAGCCCUGGUGCGUCAGUAUGCUGCCACUCAGUCCGAUGCCCCGGUGCCGUCGGCACCUAGCAAUCCCGGAGAGAUACGCCAGCGUGUGACGCAGCUCUGGGCGGAUGUCUUGGCAGCCACGACCGAGGAACUUGACGUGCAGGCCAGGCUUUCGGAACGCGUGGAUAGUAUCACCUUGAUGCGCGUGCAUUCCAGAGCGACCAAGCUCACCGGCAGACAUGUCCCAUUCGCGGCUUGGGCGAGCGCCAAAACCAUUGCGGACCAAAUCCUGCUUCUGGAGACCGCCGACGACCAGCAAGAAGAGUCAUAUCCCCUAGCUCACAGUGAGGGCUAUGCUCGGGUUGGGGGACCUACAUUGGAGGACAUGGUGCACUUGCUGGGUGAUGCUAGCCGACUCCCUGAUACGCAGGUCUUGGUCCAACAAGCCAUUGCGCCUUAUCAGCUCACUUGGGAUGACGUUGAAGACGUCUUCCCAGCCACUGACUUCCAACAUAUCAUGCGUCAGGCUCACUUGAUUGACUACUGGGAGUUCUUCGUCUGUAUACACACCCGAGGGCAUUCUGUUGCAGAUCUGCGCAAGGCCCUAGAGGCUACGUUGCCUCUUCAUCCCAUGCUGCGAUCAUUUGUCGUGCAAGAGAAUGAGAACCAGACUCUGCUGGUGUCUGUCCGCCCAUCACUAUCGAUUUUGGAUCGCUGCAUUGUUGACUACGGCGAGGUCGCGACCUUGGACGACGUGCACCGUUUAGUAGUCAAUUUUCCCCAGGAGCAUCGGAUCGCCUUGCCCGGACCUUUGUUUUGCGGAUUGAUGGUGUAUGUAAAGGAGAUAAAGAGUGCCGUCCUUGUUGCAGACUUCUGCCAUUCCGUCAUGGACGCCACGUACCACGAAAUCUUCGAAGAUGAUUUAGACCUCGCGCUGAGCGAACAACCACUCCGAGCGCAUGCUUCGUACAAGGCCUGGAACGAGAGCUACUACCUGCUGCAGGACGCGCUGGCCAGCCGACCGGCUUUUGACUACCACCUUUCGCAGAUGCAGCAAGUGCCAGAUGGUCCAGUAGCACUAUGGCCCACACCUAAUCGCUCAAUUGGCUCCUUGGCUAAACAACAGUCCCAAGGGUUGUACCUGCUCGAGUUCAAGCUACCAGCGUUGAUGUCUCUGCACCAGCACCAUCCGACCCUAAUGACGUCGGUGGUGCUCAAGACGGCCCUUGCCCUGCUAACCAUCUUCCAUACCAAACACUCCGAGAUGUUACUGCUCAACGUUGAAGCAGCACGGGGGCGCUUUCCCUUCCUUCCGUCCUCCUUUCCGCGUGAGGGCCCGCUGGACGGGGCCCGCGUUGCCGGACCUACGCUGACAGGCAACGUAGAGCGUAUCACCUUUGAUCCAAACGAGACAGUAUUGCAAUUGCUGUAUCGCGCCCAAGCCCAGCAGGCUCUCAUUACGCGUCAUGCUAAUGCACCGUGGAGGCGCAUUCUCCAGGAAUUGCCUCGUAUGAGAGAGUUGUACCCUGCAGUAGCUGAUCAUCUAAUUUUCAAUUGGACGGGGACGACGACCUUCAAGGCAGAUGACAAGAGACGCUUUCAUGCGCAUAUUCAGCGACAGGAGAUCUUCUUUCAGCCUACCUGUGGCUUGAUGGUCGAUGCUGGUGCUUCAGGGAAGGACGGUACUGAUCUCUGUGUCUCCCUUACCGGCGCAGUGGCAAACAACUCGCCUGACUGGAUUCGGAGCAUUGCUCAGGGACUACAGGCGAUUACGACGUGGCUGACGCAGCAAGAGAAUUGGGAGAGACCGGUUAGAUACUUUUCGGAGUGCCUUUAG